CUGUCACUACAGAAAAUGCGGGUGAGGUUGUGGAAACCAUUCAGGACUUGGUUAAUGAGCAGCUCAGUAAUUCCUCUCAGCUCUCCCCCGAUGACCUGACCACUGUGGUGGGAAAACUCAGUGAAGUAGUGGACGUGGGCUCAAACUCUGAGCUUGGAGCAAACAUUGUGACUAUUGUGGCUGACAUUCUUAUUUCCAGUACAGAUGUUACUACGAUCUCCAAUGUAGUGUUGAAUCUGACGUCAAAGAUGGGAGAUACUCUGGAUUUCCACGGCACUGCUGAGACUAUUGCUGCUCCAUCUGUGGCUCUUUCUUUGUGCAACGUGGAAACACAAGGAUUUAGUGGCCUCACGUUUGGUGUAUCCUCUUUGUCAACAAACCUGAAGCCACAGGUUUUUGUCGAUGAGAAGUUUGUCAGUGAUCAAAUCCAAAACAUAAAGGCAAGCAUCUCAGUGCCACCUGAAGUUCAGAAUUUCUUUUCUAUAGAGAGGAAUACAACACGUCUCCAAUUCCAGUUCUUUGCAACAGACAGACUUUUUCAGGAUCCUUAUUUAGCCAAUUCAACAACAAGGGAAAGAAUGCUAAAUUCCUACAUUGUUUCUGCCAGUAUAAAUGAUAGCAAUGUGCGGAACCUAUCAGAAAGAGUUGUGGUGACUCUUAGUCAUCAAAAAGCAACACAACCAGAUGAUCAAGUGCACUGUGUAUUUUGGGAUUUUCAGAAUAAUGGUUUGGAGCUAGUUAUUUAGGCUUGGCCUAGUGUAAUGUUUGCUGCUUUUGCUAUGUUGUGUGUGUGUGUUUUAGGUGGACGUGGCGGAUGGAACGAGAAGGGCUGUGAGACACAGACCACCUCUCACUAUCAGACCAGAUGCCUCUGUGACCAUCUCACACAUUUUGCAGUGCUACUGGAUGUAUCCAGAACUCCCAUUAGUGACAUUGACUCUCAAAUAUUGACAAUCAUCUCCUACACUGGGUGUGGAAUUUCAGCCAUUUUCCUUGGUGUUACCCUCCUCACUUAUCUUGCAUUUGAGAAGCUGCGUCGGGACAACCCUUCUAAGAUCCUAAUUAACCUGUCUGCAGCUCUACUGGGCUUGUGUAUGCUUUUCCUGCUUGAUGGCUGGCUCUCAUCUUUCUCCAACUACAGUCUGUGCAUUGCCACUGCAGCUACUCUCCAUUAUUUCCUGUUGGCCUCAUUCACAUGGAUGGGCCUGGAGGCUUUGCACAUGUAUCUGGCCCUGGUUAAAGUCUUCAACAUCUACGUGCCCUCAUACAUACUCAAGUUUUGUGCUGUUGGAUGGGGUCUUCCUUUGGUCAUUGUGAGCCUGGUGCUGGCUAUUGACAAAGACAGUUAUGGAAGUUCCGUGUCACAAGAGACUACAGUGCUUCAAUCCAGUGAUCCCUUCUGCUGGGUGAACAGUGAUGAGGUCUACUAUGUGACAGUGGUGUGCUUUAUCCUGCUAAUCCUGCUGGCUAACCUCUCUGUGUUUAUCGUGGUCCUCAUCCAAAUAAAGCGCAUGAGGCUCAAUAAACCAUCAGCAAACAGCAGCAACCCUAUGAAUGACCUGCGAGCAGUGGCCAGUCUCACCGUCCUGCUGGGCCUCACCUGGUCUAUGGGCUUCUUCUCAUUUGGCCCUGGGCGGGUAGUCAUGAUGUAUCUGUUUUCAAUUCUCAACACCUUGCAUGGAUUCUUUGUGUUUUUGUUCCAUUGUCUUAUGAAAGACAACGUAAGAAAACAAUGGAGGAUUCAUUUGUGCUGUGGCCGGUUCAGACUCAGCAAUUACUCAGACUGGACUCAGUCAGUGACGGGAGUACACCAAGUCAAAAAGAGACAUCUGGUGAACUUGGACUCAGAUUCUUCCCCCACAACCAGCACCAGGAAGAUUUCCAAUUCCUCGAGUUAACAUGAAAACAUGCAGAGAGAGUCCAUGAGUCAAACUUAUUGUGAUAUCACAUAUAAAU